UACUGUACACUGCAAGUGCUGUACCUUCGAUUGGCGAAUGAACGUUACAUCUCUGUACGCGUCUGUUUGUCGCGCUGCUUUGUUGCUGAACAACGACGACGCUUCAGCGUGGGGAGACCUGACUUCGUUGAUGCCGUACCUUCGUCGCUGUUUGGGCUGCUGUGCGUGUGGUUGUGUACUGCAAGAAGCCACCGUUGCCGCACAGUGCGGCCACAGCUACUGCCGUCGGUGUGGUGAAAUCGGAGAGAAACCGGUGUUGAGGAUAACGUGCAAACAAUGUCGCAACAGAGACAACCUUGUGCCUGAUGAACAGAUGCGCACAAUUGUGUCAUGCUACAGAGCUGUGUGUACUCUUGUACACACGUCCACAAUUUCUAAGAAUAGAGAACUAUCGAUGCAGCACAAUGCCUGUGCGGCGAGUGGCGUCGUUGAGAAAUUAAUAGAUGAAAUUGUUCAGGGGAAGUCAUUGCCAAGCUUGGAGAUCUUACCAAAGACAAACUUUCCGCCAUGUCAUAUUCAGCGAGCUGCUGAGCAGAGACGAGAGGCUGUUGCCAGGCAGGUUGCAGACUGUGAAGACUCAAACAGUUCUCUGGUAGCCCAGCUGAGUGCUGGACUCAUCAGAGAGAGAGAAAGGAAGGAGAAAUGAGCAUCGGAAUUGACAAAUUCUGCUACAUACAGAUUUACUAAGAGCUUGAUUAUUGAAUUAUUUUAUAUAUUAAAUUAAAUAUAUAAA